UCAGUAUCAACCAUGUUGUCCCGCGCUCUUGUCGUGAUCGCCCGACCGCGCGGUGUCGUGCUCAAGCGAAUGUUCUCCGUAGCAGAGUCGAAUGUAGUUGGAGACACCCCAAAGCUCGUCUUGCGCGAGCUGAAAGAGAUCCCGCGUGAUAUGCGCCGCAAAUUGCGGCAACAAGCUGAGGCGGCAAACGAAGGGUCGACGGUCAAGACCAGCCGCACGUCCGCGUCCAGAAUUGCAUUGCGCCUCUUCCUGCUCACUACAGGUGCGAGCAUUGCAGGGUGGAACUUUUACCUGAAGGAGUCUGUCCGUGCCCCCGUUCGCGAUGCCGUGCACAGCACAUUUCUGGGAAAUGUGUACGACUGGAUUUUGGCGCAGAUCAAGGAAAUCUGCCGCCCUUUCACGGAACCCUCCCGAGACAAGCUUCUUCCCGACUGGCCAAUGCCCGGUUAUGGCAUCCCAGAAGGUUUUCCGCCCUUGCCGACGCUCGUGCUCGCCGUCGAAGAUGUGUUGCUUCAUUCGGAAUGGGAUCGCAAGUAUGGCUGGCGACACGCCAAGCGACCUCACGUAGAUGAGUUCAUGGAGACUCUUUCUCGACACUACGAAAUCGUGUUGUUUUCCAGCGAAUCGCAAGGUCUUGUGGAAGAAGUGCUGGCGAAAUUGAAUCAUAAGGGCUGUGCCUUCCACUACCUAUUCCGUGAUGCGACGCACUUCGUCAACAACGUCCAUGUCAAGGAUUUGGCGCCCAUGAACCGCGAUAUCAAGCGCAUCAUCCUCAUCGACUCGAAUCCCGAAAACUUCCAAUUGCAGCCUGAAAACGCCAUCUACGUCCCACCGUACACGGAUGGCCAAGACCGAACGGACCGUCAGCUCAAAGACUUGAUCCCGUUCCUCGUCGCGAUGGCCGAAGGAAAAGUACAGGACGUGACCAAAGUGCUCGCCGAUUUUCGCGACGCUGACGGCGUCAUCCGCGAUGUACCGGCCAAGUACAACGCCAAGGUGCAUGCGUUAGAUGAACGAAAGCGGCAAGCGGAGGCCCGUGGCCUCGGUGGGUUUGUGCGCGGCCGCUUGUCCAGCCGACCGUCGACAAACACCGCGACGCUCAAGAACCUAAAGUAGUGACACCGUCCAAGAAGUUCGCACAACACGAUCGGAUAAAUUAGCACCGAGUUUACUAACUCCAGGACAAAUCCAAGUACUGCACAAUGUCCUGGGCAUUCUCCGA